GCUGGUAUCAUUCAGCGUCCAUUCUUUAUUUCACUUUGAAUAUACUUCCAACCCGCAACGAUGAAGCAAUCUAUGAUUACUUCACUCGUAGCUCUCGCAGCAUCAUGUUCGGGAGUCCAAGCUGCUGAUGGCUUGAUCAACGUGCCCGUCAAUCUUUGCGCAGCCAUCCUUGGAGAGGCUGAAUGCAAGCAGAAGGCAGCCACCGUUGAUGGCUUGAUCAGUGUGCCUGUUAACGCUUGUGCUGCAGUUCUCGGAAAGGCCAAGUGCGAACAGGUUUCUUUGUCUUCUAGGAGCCUCGGUGGUGGGCUGAUCAACGUGCCCGUCAAUCUUUGCGCAGCUAUUCUUGGGGAGGCCGAAUGCCAGCAGAAGGCAACCACCGGCGAUGGCUUAGUCAACGUGCCCGUUAACGCCUGUGCUGCAGUUCUCGGAAAAGCCAAGUGUGACCAGGUCGCUUCCGCCGGUAGUGACAGCGGCAGCAGUGGCAGCAGCGGCGGUGACGGUGGCCUAAUCAACGUGCCCGUCAAUCUUUGUGCAGCCAUCCUCGGAGAGGCUGAAUGCAAGCAGAAGGCAACCACCGCUGAUGGCUUGGUCAACGUGCCCGUUAACGCGUGCGCUGCAGUCCUUGGAAAGGCUAAAUGCGACCAAGUCGCUUCCACUGGUAGUGGCAGUGGCAGCAGCGGCGGUGACGGUGGCCUGAUCAAUGUGCCCGUUGGACUCUGUGCAGCUAUUCUUGGAGAGGCCGAGUGCAAGCAGAAGACAGCCACCAGUGGUGGCUUGAUCAACGUCCCUGUCAACGCAUGCCUGGCUGUCCUUGGAAAGGCCAAGUGUGACCAGGCCUCUUCCUCUUCCAGCGGCGGCGAGGGUGCCCUUAUCAAUGUGCCUGUCAACGUUUGCCUGGCUGUCCUCGGUGAGGCUCACUGCCAGCAGAGCUCCGCAUCUAAUGGUGGUCUGGUUAACAUCCCCGUCAACCUGUGCCUAGCCGUUUUGGGUGAAGUCGACUGCCAUGAUUCAUCAUCUACCCCUCCCCCGGCCACUGCCACCCCAUCUUUCCCCUUGACGCCCACUGUCCCGGUCGUUAUUCCCGGCCAGGCCACUACCCCAGUCGUCAUUGUGCCGGGUGAGACCACCACUCCGGUCGUCAUUGUGCCGGGCGAGACCACCCCUGCUGUCAUUGUACCAGGCGAGACCUCCAUUCCCGGUGUUGUACCCGGCGAGUCUUACACCCCUGCCUGGACUGGCCCUGCAGGACCUGGCUCUGUACCCUCUUAUGGUGGUGCCUCCGCUUCGGUUCCCACAUAUACCUAUGUUCCUUCUGCCACUGUGGGACGCCCAUCCCCAACCGGUGCUUGGACUCGUUUGACUCCUACCUUCACUAAUGUCGUCACUGUCUGCAAUGCUGCCUGCCAAGCAUCCAAGGCUUCUACCGGCCCCGUGGCUCACACUUCUCCUGCUUCCGGUGGCAGCGGCAACAAGCCUAACGCCACCCCCAGCCCCAGCAUCAUUCCGUUCAACGCUGCGGGUCGGGCUACUUUGUCCGGUGUGGCCGUGGUGUUCGGAGCCAUCUGUGCUGCUGCCAUGCAGAUCUAA